UUUUCCUUUGAACCUUUCCCCAAAGAAAUGGCUGAAGCUGACUGCUUCUGGUGCUUCAUCUCACUGAUGGGCGAGAUCAGGGACUUCUUCAUUCGCACACUGGAUGAGAGUGAGAGUGGCAUCGGGGCGAUGAUGAAUAGGCUAAUGGCUAACCUCAGGCAGCAUGACCACCAACUCUGGGACCGGCUGCGUGUCCAGGAGCUCAAGCCGCAGUUCUUCAGCUUCAGAUGGUUGACCCUUCUGCUGUCCCAGGAGUUUGACCUCCCCGACGUCAUCCGGGUGUGGGACUCCCUCUUUGCCGACUCUGACCGCUUCAGUUACCUCAUCCAAGUGUGCACUGCGAUGAUGGUGACACAGCGAGAUGUUAUGAUGGAGAAUGACUUUGCUGGUAAUAUGAAAAUACUGCAGCAUUACCCCCCAGGUGAUAUCCAGGUGCUCCUGAGCAAAGCCACGGAGCUGGUGGAGAGCAAUGGCGAGGCAGGGAUUGGCACCGAGGCAUCAAGUUGACACUUCCAAUCUGCGUCUUACGAGGGACCCUACAGCGGCACUAGGGCUAUGAUUUAAGUCAAGCGAGAGUAGUUAUCUGAUUAAGUUCUUUUUAUUUGUUUAUUUUAAUUUUCUUGUUCCUCUUUCUAAUAUUAGGCAAAAAGUGUUAAGGUCUCAGAUGGUGUUGUGAUGUAAGAUACACAAAGGAAAUUUUUUCUAUAUUUGUAUACGUUUUAUUACUAUUAAUGUUAUAUACAGAUUUUUUCUUUUGUAUUUGAAAAUUAUAUUUUAGAAGGGGACUGAUCAAUAUGGUCACAAAGAUAUAUUAAUUUGAGAAAGGGGUUUUCUUAAUUGGGUUACAUGAUCAGUGUUAAGUGAGAAGUUUGUCAUAUCAACAUUCACAUGCACACACAUAUUUGCAUAAACAUGCAUGCCUGCAUGCACAUUCAUGCCUACCCCCACCCUUACCCCCAUCCCUACAGACUAACAUAUGCCACACAUACCCACAGCCACCCACACACACCAAAUGCACAGACAUACAAAUGAGAUUUGUCAUCCUUUUGAUAUAAAUGAUGGAAAGCAGCUAUAUUAAACCUUUUGUGUCACUGUGAAUGUCAUGAAAAGUGUGGUAGGUGGUAUUUAAGGUAUAACUUCUUUAUACAGCUCAAAAUAACUUUGCUAGCAUGAAUGUUUACACAGUCGGACAUUGCAUGUCAGGAGGCUAAGAACAAACCAUGAAAAAAAGACAUUGAUGAAAGAAAAGAAAAGAUCCACUUCAUUUCCUGGCACAAUUUUUAUUAAAGGUGAUAAUAAUGAUAGAGAUUUCUGGUGUGGGUAAUACAGUGACGGACAUUGCACCCUUUAUAAAUUCACAAGGGAAUUCUUACUCGUGUCUUUCUGAACAAUUCAUCGUUUUUGUAAACCAUGAUAAAGGGCCGUGGGUCAUGGCUCAAAAUGCAAGUGUGUAGGAGUGUAUAGAAUGUCUUCUUUAGGUGGAUGUCAUUUGUAAAUAGAAUGUUUUAUUUCAGACACAAAGUAACUGUGACAUAUAUACAUUAUAUACUAAUAAUUGUGAUAUUCAGGGAGUUUCUAGAUAGUUAUCUUUUAAGGGAUAUUAUGAGAAAUAUCAAUCAUUACUGAAGCCUAGAAAAAAUGAAAAAAAUAAAUUGGUCAAUAAAUUUCUAAAAAAAUAAAUGUCAUGAUGAGCAAAAGGAAGGAAGAAAGAAGGAAAGAAUGAAAACAACAAACAAACCAACUGCAAUAAGAUGAUGUCACCAAUAUGACAAAAUAACUGAUUAUUGUAAUUUCAGCCAGAGUGAUAUACAUUACCAGGCUUCAAGUUGAUUGCCAGCCUGUACUUGUGUUUAUACAUUAACCAGACUUUAACUUCAAAAGUAUUUGCCAAGUAAUUUAAGAGGUGCUGAUCCACUGUGGAUCAGACUGGGCUGUGAGUAAUGUAAUGAUAAGGGCAGUUUUGUGGGAGAUUAAAAACAUUUUUGUAACUGUAUGUGACUAAGGGUUAUAUAAUAUAGAUAAAGUGCUGUGUGAUUUUUAUAUUUUAAUGUGUUUUUAUUUUUCAUUUAUUUAUUAUUAUUUUUUUUAUUCCACUUUCUUUUUAGUAUGAUGUUUAGAACACUUGUUAUGUUACUGCACUAUGUUCCCUUCUGUUGAUAUUUUUAAAGGGACUUUUUGGUUAAAAAUAUUGGUUGCUGGUUCCUAUUUCCAUGGUUGCCAGUGGGAGAUAUCAUUGAUUUACUAUUACAAUGCUUAAAGUAUAUGAACUAUUCAUUUAUGAAACUUUUUAAGAUUUGAAGCCUUAUAUUCUGAGUUACUGAGCUGACCAGUUACCUUACAGUACUUGUUAUAAGUGUUUUUUUAAUUUGAUUAAUAUAUUUGAUUGUGAAACUACUGCUCUGCCUUAUUUAUUUGAUCUCUUCCAUGAAGCUCAAGAUUGAAUGUAAAAUCUAGUAUUUAGUCGACAGAUUCAUUUUUCAUUCUUCAGCCAUCAUUUCAUUGAUAUCAUAUAAGUCUUCUAAGUUCUCCUCAGAAGAUUGCUUUUUCUACUCUGUGUAUAGGACCAACCCAUUACCACUUUGACUUGUGUUUACAUCAAAUGUCAUUAGACAUUAAAUAUUGUUGACCAAGCAAGCUGUUUAUUGUCUGUUUAUUGUUCUUGGAAGCAAUUGAAAAAAGGGGAUGUUCCAAAGCAGAGUUGAGAAAUGUAUUGUGAAAAUUGAUUACUGUUUUGACAAAAAUUACUAUUAAUGCCUGUAAAUUUCAAAUGAAGGUACUCCCUUUAGGUAAAAAAAAAAAAAAAAACUGCCUCAUAAUUUUUGCUUUUAUGGUUCAUAAAACUUAUUAGGAGAUUUGGGCUACUUCCAACAGCUUCUUGGAGUCUUGGAAAUGCUUUAUAAUGCCAUGCAUCAAUUUAAUGAUUAGUUCCAUAUGACAUAUCUCUUGUUUAUGUAAGUGUGUGAUGUUUCAGUGAUUAACACAUGAAAGAAGCUUUUAUUACAUUUUUUCCAGUAAUAAAAACUGUGCUGUCUGUAUGCAUUGUCAUGUUGAUAUCCAUUCAGGGUUAAUCUUGUUUUUCAGCUUAUAAACCCUAAAUGGUUCAUAAAUGGAGAUGUUUGUUUCUAUUGGGAUGAACACAGUUUGAAAUAUGGACAGUGUUACAAAUAAUUCCGAAGAUUGAAAGAGAUAUUGUAUAACUGAAACAUUUUAGUUAGCUGCGAAUUACUUACAUACUCCUCUUGACUGGAGGCUUGGUACUUACAUUGUGCUCUUCAGUUUCAUUUUCAGUUCAAGUCACAAGAGUUCAAAUAUUUGCUCUGGAAUACCAUUAAGGACCAGAAACAUUAGUUUAACCUUCCAGUGUACAAUGCAAUAAGUGUGCGGUUGCGUUGUGCAUGAGGACGAGUUCAUAAUACUGCACAACUUGCAACUCACUAGCUGAUCACAAUAAUGUACUCAGACUCAGGUCCAUGAUGCUAGUAUAGAUGAGGAAAAGCAAAAGCCUAAUGUUAAAACAAAAAUAAAUAAAGAUGAAAUAUAAAAGUAAAUGUGACUCUGUGAUGCAUUACAUUUAACACAGUGCAAGGGAUUAAGCUGAAGCCACUGUACUGAAGAGAAAACCUCAAAUAGAAAAGUUUUUUUAGUAACUGUACAACUAUUUGUAUUUUUGAUAGGUAUGUAAUGUAUUUCUAACUAUUUUGAAAUGCUUCAACUCAAGGUCACACACACAUACAUAUAUAUAUAUAUGGAAAAGAAGCGAUUGCAUAUAUGAUGUAGGUUAACAAAUAAAAAUUACCUUAUAUAAAAAGUCAAAGAUGCUCUUAGGUGUCUGAUAUGUGUAUAGAUUGUCUUUUUGACUGGACUGUAUUAAUUUUCAAAGUAUUUAUGUAUAUGCAGGUGAUUGUUAUAUUCUUUAUAUAUACACUGUACAUUCGUUAUAUAUACGUAUAUAUAUGUAUAUGUAUAUAUAUAUAUAUAUAUAUAUAUAUAUAUAUAUAUAUAUAUAUAUAUAUAUAUAUAUAUAUAUAUAUAUAUAUAUAUAUAUAUAUAUAUAUAUGUAUGUAUAUGUAUAUGUAUAUGAAGUUCGUACAGAAAGUUAUGUUUAAAUUAUUUGUAUGAAACUUUUUAUGGGAAUAUGUACUCUUUAUAUAUAAUUACCUGAAGACAGUUUAGGAAAGUUGUACCCUGAGCAAUAAUGUGAUUUGUUACAAAGGUCUGAAGAGAUGCAGAAAAGGUUAGUCAUUUGUAUAACAGUUUUCUAAACCAUGUACUACGUGAUGAAUUACAACUGCAUGAAGGUACCUGAUGAAAGUUUUAUCAGAAUUGAUUUAACUGAAAAGAUGCUUGCUAAAAUAUUGAUUUGAUGGUAUAAUUGUUUUGUGCAGCAUCUUUUAUAAAAUGGAAACAGAUUUUUGUCGUAUGUAAUAUAAUAAGAAAUCCUAGAUUUUGAUUAGUGGUAGGUAUAUUCUGUUGAUUAUGCUGUAGUGGAAUUAGUCAUAUUUUUGCAAAGAUAUAGUAACCAGUGUUUAUAUAUAAAAAAUAAUUGUAAUUAAUAGUCGUCAUAAACAACUCAAAAGUAUUUAAAAUCAUAAAGCACAACUCUUUCUUUUUACAAGAACUGAAAGCUCAGCUGCCAGCGUUAUGUAGAUCUUUUGCUGUAAUAAGCAUUUAGUUGGAAUAAACCUUGAGAAGGCAAAAAGAUUUCAUAUCAAA